CAGGCCGCGGCGCUACGUUGUCGCCUCCACGACCGCGCCAACUACACCGUGUCGUGGAUCAGGCACAAGGACCUGCACCUUCUGACGGUCGACAGCUACACGUACACCAGCGACCAGCGCUUCAGCAGCAUGUACGAGUCCAGCACGGGUGACUGGGUGCUCAUAAUUUCCUCAGUGAAGAAGCAAGAUGCCGGCAGGUACGAGUGUCAAGUGAGCUCUGCGCCUCCGAUGGGUCACUUCGUCUACCUCAACUUCAAAGAGCCCGAGACGAAGAUCUUGGGCGGCCCCGACAUCCACAUAAACCUCGGCUCGACGCUGAACCUGACGUGCCUGGUGCUGUACCAUCAGCGGCCGCCCGACGUCACGUGGCUGCAUCGCGACCAGGUGGUAGGCUACCAGUCAGCGCGUGGUGGGGUGAACGUGGUCACCGAGAGCGGUGAGGCAACCAGGAGUUCGCUGCUCAUCCAGCGCGCCGCCCUCUCCGACGCCGGCACCUACACCUGCCGUGCCCACGGCGGGCGCGAGGACUCCAUCACCGCGCACGUCCUGUCUGAGAAGCUGCAAGCAGCGAUGCACGGCAGCAGCAACAGCCAACACACCUCGGUGCUGAUGCCUUCCUUUGUGGCCGCGUCUCUCAGUUACGUUCGGCUAAAUUAUCUCCUACAAGAACCUCUCCGUCGGCGACUGUAAGGAAAACUCGACGCUUCCUGAACUAAAAAUUAUGUCUCGAGUGCUUACAUUCUUUGCUCCAGUCUCCCCUCACAGAAAUUCAGCAACAUAAAAGUCUGAGAGGAAAGUUAGGAGUGCUCAGUGCCGUGAUGCGGUUUACUUCGAUGAAAAUAAUUGGGGAUAAUUAAUUGAAUAUUGUUAGUUUGACAUGAACAUUUUAAAAUUGUACUUCUUCCGCUUUUUCGUACGCAGAGACAUUCCAUUGAAGUGUUUUAAUCGCCCCGUCAUCUCUGCUACGAAAAUUUAUGAAUAUAUAUAAAAAACAAUU